AUGGCGUCCAACGAGUCCUUUAAAGUCCACAAAUUCUCUUCGAAACUACCGGAAGCAGAAGCUGCUCGACAGAGAGAGAACCAGCGGCGUCAUCGGGCGAGAGUCAAGGGUAAAAUUGCCGAGCUGGAAAAUUCUCUAGCUGACACUCGGGAAAGGCUCGAUGCAGCCCUCAAACACAUCCAAGAGGUUGAGGCCGAGAACCAGAGACUCCGUGAAGGCCGGGGGUCCUCUUCAGUCUAUACUAGUCCCGAACCCCGGGAUGAGUCCCCUGCGGAGCAGCUCCUCUACAUGAGCCAGGGAGGGCGUAAUGGCUAUUACUACUCUCAGCCGUCCCACCAGCACCAGUUCGAAACAUAUCAGCCACCGCCGCCAAGGCAACUCCAACAUCAGCAAUACCGAGAGCAACACCGACAGCCGCCCAUGGUUAAUGGCCUAGACAUCCUAGCCAGCAUCUCGUCCAGCGAAAGUGCAGUACCGGCCCGUCACAAUCACCGCACUUACCACCCCCACGAAAUAGACUGUGCUCGAAACCUAGCUUCCCUACCGAGCUACGAGCCCACACCGAUAGCCUCGCCCAGAGACAUGUCCCCGAUUGCCGGACUACUCUCCAUGGCUACCGCCUCAUCCUCGCAUACAAGGCAUGCCGCAACCGGCUUCCAUUCACCAUCCGCCACCACCAUCUCGGCCAGCCCCUCUACCGAGUCGCCAAGCCGAGCCUCGGUCUUCGAUUUCAAUAUCCGAGGCGGCCACUUCGACCCUUCUUCGACCUUGAAUUCCCAGUCCUCCUUCUCGGUAGAGACAACUCGAACUACGCCGGACAAGAUCGGCGAGCUAAUUGAAUGUCUCGAUAACCACAACGAAUACGAAGACGACGUGGCUCCUCUACCAGCUCCUCGACCUGGCGAAUCCACGAUGCCCUGCCGGGACGCUUUCUCCAUCGUCAGGAAGAUUCAGACGACGAGACCAGAUUACUACCACGACGCGGACGGACUUGAGGCAGAAAGCGCUGCGAGGGAGCAAUGGAGACAAGGGUUUCGGAGCGAGACUGAGCCUGGUUCAGGAUGUAGAGUGCAGACGCAGUUGGUGUAUGACUAUGUUGAUCAUAUUACCGGGCCUUGA